GGGAAUGUGGUUGGAGGUGUGCCCCGGUUCUGUUUUGAGUUACAACAUUACCAAGAGCUGUGGAUUAUAUUAAACAUGGCAGUUGCAUUAUAGCUGCGGAAAAUAUUUUAUUUUCGUCUUACUAUAUGUGAUUCUUAUUGGUGCCUCACUCUGACAGCUUAUCUGGGUUCAUACAGGAUUAACUGGGAAGUUAUGACCGCCCCAAACUCCAAGCAGAGGCAAGCCUGCUGGAGAGCAAGAGAUGAGUUUUGGAAGUGUCUGGACCUCAACCAAGACAACACAACUGCCUGUGAGAAAUAUCACAAAGAAUUUGAAGCCAAUUGUCCUGUUCAGUGGGUGAAGUACUUCACCAAACGAAGAGACUUCCUGAAGUACAAGGAGAAAAUUGAGAAGGAAGGAUUUGAACCUGUUGAGGGAGUGCCAAAAUUAUAGAACAUUGAACUUGAACUGCACACAGCAACUCUCUCCCAUAUGUGCCUAUAAGCUGUCUGUUACAUUUCUCAUUACUGCCCAGGCAGGGAACUUGGACAGCUGGAAAAGCGGGACGCCCCAUGUGCUUAUAGCCAGCAUGACCACCAGAACUCCAAUCAGAUUCACCCCGAAACCAGCUUUAACCUUGAUCAAAAGACACAACAGAACAAAUACAUUUACUGUAUAGACAGGAUCAUGUGCAUUCAUUUAUAAACUGGGUUUCUGUAUGCAAAGAUUAAACAUGAUUAAUAACUGGAA